ACCCUUUGGGUGACGUCAUUACUGGACGUGUGCGGCGCCCUUCCUUUGAGAGAGUUGUAGUUUGAGUGCAGAUAUAACGUUAGCUUGUAGUUCUAUGCCUCGGCAGCCGAAAUUAGCUGGCUAACUGGCUACCACAUCUGGAUAAAUCAUCACUGUUAUCCACCGUCAUCUGAGAGGAGUCUGUCUUCUGCCGAGAUCAUGGCAGACUUUUCGCUGGCUGAUGCUUUAGGAGAUGACAGUCCUUCCAAAGCAACUAAAACAGGAAACACUAAUCCAUCGGCCCCUGCCAGCAACCCUCCACCUGCAGCAAACCCUGGAUGGCCUGGUUCCGCACCAGGAGCUCCCACCCAGCCCUCUGCUCCAGCUGACUUUGCUGGUGGCCCAGGUGCUCCGGGGCAGUUUCCAUUCCCCUCUGGUCCUGGUGCACCGGGCCAAUACCCAGGGCCUCCUUCAGCACCUGGAGGUUUCCCUCCAGGUCCUGGGAUACCUGGACAAUAUCCUGCACCAGGGGCUCCCGGGCAGUUUCCCUCCAGCCCUGGAGCUCCAGGACAGUUCCCUGGGCAGUACCCACCUGAAGGAGCCCCAGGACAGCUACCCGGAGGACCUGUUCCUUACCCAACCGGACCAUUUCCCUCUGGCCCAGGAGCUCCCCCUGGGCCCUAUCCUAAUGUGCCUUACCCAGGUGGUCACCCAGGAGGAGGCGAUGGGAUGUAUGGUCCAGGAGGUCCAGGUGCAUUCCCCCCUCCUGCUGGACCUGGCUCUUUCCCUGCAUUCCCUGCUGGAGGAUUUCCCCCAAUACCCCCAGGGUCAUGGGGACCACCUGCAGGUGGUGGCUUCCCUCCUGCCCCUGGCCCCUUUGGCCCUGGUCCUGGUCCCAUGGGUCCAUAUGGUGGUCCUGCAGCUCCAGGAGGCAUGCUGAUGGUGCCCUAUGAUCUGCCACUUCAUGCUGGAAUGAUGCCCAGACUUUUGAUCACAAUAGUGGGUGAGCCUGUUCCUGGUGGAGACAGGUUCCAUAUUGACUUCAUGAAAGGUCCAGAUGUUGUGUUUCACUUCAAUCCUCGAUUUAGUGAGCGUACAAUUGUUAGAAACUCCAACCUAGGUGGAUGUUGGGGACCAGAGGAACGAGAAGGACCUUUCCCAUUUGUUCAGGGGCAGCGUUUCGAGCUGAAGAUCCUUGUGGAGGAGGACAUGUUCAAAGUAGCUGUGGAUGGCACCCACCUGCUGGAGUACGAGCACAGAGUGGGAGGACUGGAAGAAGUAACGCUGGUGCGAGUUCACGGAGAUGUCGUCCUCUACAGCGCAGGCCCGAGCAUGAUCUGAAUCUCAGAGCGCUUAAACCACAUGCUGUACAAGAAGCCUAGAUCCAACUUUACCACUGUAUCUGAAAACCCUUUGAAAUACCUUAAUGCAUUUGACAGAAUCUGCAAGGCACAUUUUUCUGCGAGGUGCAAUCUCUGCUCACCUGGCACAUUAAUCACUGAACAGAUGGCAGAUUAACCCAGGUCUGCACAGUAAUCCCUUUCUGUUUUUUACUGGAUGACUUUUCAUUUUAUUGCCCCCCAGUAAUCCCAUAUAUUUUAUGACAUAAGAGUAGGUAAUAGGUAAUGAGUUGAAGUGUAUCUAAAAAAGAAAAAAAAAUAAUUUAUACAGAUUUAAGUAUUAUAGGCCAAGUGGAAUGUGCCAUGUGUCCCAAAAAUGUCCUAUAUUUUCCACUAGUAUGCUGUAUUUCGUUUACAGUACACGUAUGUCAAUGUUAUAUCCUUAAUAUCAGAACCUUAAUAAGCAUUUCCUUGUGCAUGCAAGUGUGAUGCUGAAUAUCCACACAGUCUACUUUUUCAAUGCUGGGUGACCCCAAAGGACUCACUGCUUUGUUAACGAAAAGGCAACUAUGGGAGUUUCUUAAAAAUGUAUUUAUACAGUGAUUACGAGGUCCUCUUUUCUGCAGUAUUAACCCCUGUGUGUUCGCACAAUAGAGGAUCAUACUAUUUUUUCUCAAAUAUGAUUUCAUGUUGAAGUCAAAUGAGUGAAAAAAUGAGGCUCAAAUUAAAGGAAAAUGUCCCGAGGAGAGAAGGGGCCUCGUGUGUUGCCCGUGAUGGAGGCGGUACAGUUUUUUGAAAUGAUGUGCCUAUAAAUAAAGAGGCAACAAACAAAUAAGUUUCAUGAUGUUUCUUUUAGAAAGUUGUGUGCAUUGUAUAAGAUUAAUGCUCAUGUCAAGUUUGUUACUUUUCCCAGCACUGGAGAUGUUAAUAUCCUUGUCAGAGAUCCAGUUUACUUUCACAUUCAGUUCAUAUGGUUUACGGUCAAUGAAUGAUUUCAAUAAUAUAUGCUUCCUGUUGUACUCCUUAACUAACAAACAAGCAGUGGUGGCAUCUGAACUUAGUACUUUUACUCAAGUACAAAUUUAAGGUAUUUGUACUUUACAUGUAUACUUCCAGUUUAUACACCUUCAUGGUUCUACUGUGUUACAUCUGCUGAGAAAAUUAUUGUAAUUUUUACUGCAGUCAUUUUAUCUGGUAACUUAAGUUACUUUUCAAGUUACUUACUUUCAUCUCCUUCCUGUCAAGUAAAAACAUUUUUUAAACUUGUUGAA